AUGGCUGAUUCUGCUGUUAGUGUACAGGUGGCUUUAAGGAUAAGGCCUUUAGUCAAAUCCGAAAUUUCUAAAGGAUAUGUUAAAUGCCUCGAAACAGUGCCAAAUAAACCUCAAGUUUUAAUAAAAAAUCUUUCUUUUACUUACAACCAUGUAUUUCCACCAGAAGUUUCGCAAGCUCAAUUUUAUGACACUGCUGUGAAGGGUUUAGUUGAUGGAUUGUUUAAGGGCUACAAUGUGACAAUAUUAGCUUAUGGUCAGACUGGCUCCGGAAAAACUCAUUCCAUGGGCAUGGCUUAUUCAGGUGGACCAGUCGAGGAGAUGGGUGUUAUACCAAGAGCAGUAAAAGACAUUUUUCAAAAAAUUUCAACUCUGACGGAGCAAUAUUAUUUUCAAUUACAAGUAUCAUUUAUGGAAUUAUAUCAAGAACAAUUAUUUGAUCUUUUAUCAAAAUCAAAUAGAGAUCAAAGUAUAGUUGAUAUCAGAGAAGAUCAACAAAAAAGAAUUGUAAUUCCUGGAUUAACCGAAAUUGAAGUAGGUGAUGCAAAAGAUGCAUUAGAUUGUUUAAUUAGAGGAUAUCGUCGCAGAGCUGUAGGUGCAACUGCAAUGAACAGUCAAUCCAGUAAAAGUCAUGCAAUAUUCACUAUCCAUAUACAACAGCGAAAAAUCAGCGAUAAAAAUAGUCUAACAAAAUGCAAGUUACAUUUGGUAGACUUGGCAGGAUCUGAAAGAGCAAAUAAAACAAAAGCAACUGGUAAUCGCUUCCGAGAAAGUGUAAAAAUUAAUAAAGGAUUGUUAGCUCUGGGUAAUGUCAUAUCAAGAUUGGGCGAGGGCUGUACGGGUUUCAUAGGUUAUCGUGACAGCAAAUUAACAAGACUACUACAAGAUUCUCUUGGGGGCAAUGCGGUUACAUUAAUGAUAGCUUGUGUAAGCCCAGCGGAUUACAACAUAGAAGAAAUAAUGAGCACGUUACGAUGUGCAAAUAGAGCAAACAAAAUAAAAAAUAAACCAAUUGUAAAUAAAGAGCACAAAAAUGAACUUGUACUGAAAUCGAGACAAGAGGAUAAUAAUUUAUUGAAAGCAUUAGAUUCAUUAGAUGAUGAAACUAAGGGAGAGUUAAGCACAAGUGAAAGCUCAUGUAAUAUUCGUUUACAUACAAUUAAAGAAAGCAUAGAUGAAGUGCAGAAAACACUAAUAAAAGUUUAUACUCAUAUUUUGGACCAUGAUAUUGAAAAAAGACCUGUAUCAGAAGUGUCCUGUGAAAGCAGUGGUUUUCAAGAAGAUGUUCACUUAGAAUCAUCUGAAAGCAUUACUGACCUUGAUGUAAAGGAACAACAAGAUAACCAUUUAUCUCAGCAGGCAGCUUUAACAACAGGGCUCCAACAAUUAAAUAAGGAAUUGGCUUGGAAGCGAACAUUAGUGGCACAAGUUGCACAAAAAGUGAAUAUGCCAAUACCUGAACCUAAAUAUGCUCCAAAAGACUUAUUUGAUAUGAUUGCUGACCCAAGGCGUUCAGUUGAUGUCCAUAAUG